GUGGUGUGAGAACGUGUUUCCUUCCUCCGAGAGUCGCUACGAUGUACCGGGACGGUUGCGAACGGAUGAGUUCAAGAGCGGAUGAGGUGGAGGUCGGAGCGACGCUGCCGGAAUGGAGAAAACGCCCCGCGCUGCAUCUAACUACAUAGAGCAAAUAGGGUCAGCUGGAUAACUUGGGAGAAGUAAAGGAACAUACGGGCCCUGGCCGCCGUUGGAAGCAUGGAGGAACCAAGCAAGAAUUUUGAGAAGUUGAUGACAAAUCGUCAAUGACCCAAUGAAUGACCUUGAAGUUCCCACCUUCUCAUUGACCUCAACCACAAUGGCGUUUCGCGCGUCCAGCCCUACGAAUCGCGCGUUGGAGAUCCCAGAACUGUUGGAUAUGAUAUUUCGCUAUCUGGAUAACUCCUGCAAUGUUGCCAAUGCCCGUGUCUGCAAGCGGUGGUCUGAAAUUGCUCUGGACAGUGUCUGGCGCGAUUUAGACGACUUAUAUCACCUGUUUGCGAUCCUCAAGCCUCUCAAGCCCACCAGCGACAAACCCGAUGCCCCGUUGGAGUUCACUGCACCCCCAGACGCCGACGAUUGGAAACGUGCGGAGCGAUACAGCCGACGAGUCAAACGAUUAGUCUACCACGCGAGCUGCUCAUUUGCGCUGUGUCCCACCGUCUUCGAAGUUAUCGCAAGAACAAGGACAAGCUUGGUUGUUCUCCCGAAUACACGGUCCAUAGCCUGGGAAGCACCAUUACACCUCCUCGUCAUGUUCAUGCACGCCAAUGUCAAACACUUUGUCGUUCGACUUGAUGGGCAGCACGAGCUCACACCCCACUCGCCAUUCUUUCGGGAUGUUGUCUCGCGGAUGCCAUCCAUCACGAAUCUCGACAUACACUGCGAAACUCCCGUUGUGCUGCCGAGGUUCUUUUUGACGACCCGCAUCGCCGAGUGCGCUGCGAAGCUGGCGGACUUGGAAUGCCUGGAGUUCCAGUAUGAUCCCGAGCAAGGGUUCGGAGAUCCUUCUGAUAUAGAGGUCUUCCGGCCUGCUCUAGGGCCAGGAUCGUAUCCAUCUCUAGGCGAUCUAUCGCUGACUGUAUCUCUCGGGGACAUUGUUCGGCUCAUGAAGCAGCCUUCCUGCCCGGCCAAUCUCACCUCUCUGCUGGUGGAUUCGCGCUUGUUCGAGACGCCGGAGGUCGUGUACGAGUUUCUCACGACCUUAUCCGAGUCGUGCCAAUUGCUGGAGACGUUGAGCAUCAUCACUGCAGUCAGCGACGAGGAGCCUAUCGAGAAGUUGGACGCGAUACCGAGAGAAAAUCGCAUGUCCUUCUCGACCAUCCGCCCCCUGCAGCAUCUCCCCAGCCUCACCGUCUUUGACAUCACGCACCAGUAUCCAAUGGAUCUGGCGGAAGAUGAGCUCGAGCAGCUGGCGCGUUCUUGGCCUUCGCUCAAGAAGCUCAUUCUGAACAACGAGCCUAUGGUCUUGGACUCGUGCUCCCUCACUCUAGCUUCCCUGCUGCCGUUUGCGAGGCAUUGCCCGGAACUGGAGAAACUGGGUCUGUUUGUCAACGCAUCAGCUGCUGGUAUUCCGGCCGGGAACCAGUGGCCGAGCUUUGCGAAACUGCAGAGCCUGUCGAUGGGAGUGUCUCUCAUUGACGAGGACGGACCGGUUGCGCUCUUCCUCAGCAAGAUAUGUCCGUUGGACACGCAGUUGGAGUCUGGUGUCACGUGGGAUCUGCCGGCGUCGGGACACUUUGAGCCUGAGGUGCACUCCACAGUGCGCGACCGAUGCAACAGAUGGAAUAAAGUCGCGGAGACGCUUCCUCUGCUCACUAAUCUUCGGAUGGAAGAACGGGCGCGGACAAGCAAACUGGAGGCCGAGGUCGACGACUUGCGGAUGAGAAGCCAAGUGAUCCUCGACAAGCCACCCAUCCGAGAGGACAGUUGUGUCGUUUGCUGA